ACUUUUUAUUAUUUGCCGUAUAUUUCUAAAGACCCAAGCUGUAUAUCUAUUUUUCCCUAAUCUAUUCAUUACACUUUAUUUAUUAUUUCCAACACGGAAUCGACAAUCUACCAGAUUCCGACACCUCCUAGCGUCAGUAGAUACCCGACGGCUGUACCGCUUCGGCCCAAACAAAACCUAGAUCUACUUAUGAAUCCCAACGGUAUGCUGUUCAGCAGCGUCGUUACGAGGUUGUGAUUUUAGCAAAUCCCGCGGAUCGGCAUAUUCCAUAUUGUCGAACACUACGCACUCGAGUCUCAUUGAUUCGACGUCAUUGUUGUAAACAUCAUCGAACUUCACACAUCCGUGCCCUAGAUUAUCUUUUUUACUUAUGCGGUUGACCGGUUCAUCGCACUUUAUGAAGGCAAUGUUUUAGCUUAAUAACAUAAUUUUCCAUAAUUAAGAGUUACAUGAAGUAUUUUUCCGCACCGAAGAGAUUUUAGUUAUUUAUAUUUUUCAACUGACCGAAAACGUAACCACGGUUACUGGUAACUGUUGUUCUAAGACCAACAAUCUACCAAUCUGUGUUGCCAGUUUCAACAUUUUUUCAAAUGAUUUCGUUUUGACAUUACCAGUUACUGAGGGGUAGUUAAAUUUGCGAUACAGUUUUGAUAGUCGAGUGGCAGGUCGUGUCGUCGUAUAAAAUAUGCUAGAAACUACUAUGCAUUUCGAAACGUUUUAUGUUAUUUUUAAAAACUUUUUUGUUCGAUUGAUGAAAAUCCUUGUGAAUCUUACUAUUCAUCGGAAUAGUAGUUUGAAAAAGAGUUCUGUUAACAGAUCUACCAGAAAAUAAUUUUCAGUGUUAGGAGAGAGAGAAGCUCGAUUUGUAUACUUUUGUAAGCUUCGUCUUUAUUUGAAAAACAGGUGAAAUAACCCAAAUAACCAUGACGCAUUAUAACCCACGACACGACCAGGCACUCCGAAGAAAAAUCGGAAUGGAAAGUGUCUGUGAGUGAUUUUCCGUCAGUUACCACAAAUAUAGCGACCCCUUGAUAAUGAUAAAAUUGAUCUUUUUAAGCAACACUGUUCUGGUUGCUAUGCGUUAUUUGUCAAGGAACCGGAAUUAUAGAAAUAAACAAACAAAUAGGAAAAGUAUCCCGAUCCAUUGUUAGUAGCCAUGAAAAUGCAAGAAAAAAAGGAUUAAGUUCGAAAUAAAGCGUUAUAUUCUCUUGUGUGCAGUCAUGUAUUUCCAAAUCUGUUGCAACACAAGACGAAACUGUAUUUACAAUCAUGUACAUUUGCUAAUAAUCAAGUAAAAUUACUGUUUCUAGAACUCGAAAAAAACGUGGAGCAGGAUGUUUAUUUUGUCUAUUAUGUAUUCAAUUAAGACCAAAAACAUUAUUUCGUAACACUAUAAGAACCCUCACAGAAGUUUAAAUCAAUGGGAAAAGAACGUUAAUGAAAUUGCUGCGUUCUGUGAUGUCGAUUCGAAACAUCAUUAUUAAUUUUAAGCUAUUUUCAAAGAUCCUUUAUACAUUGAAUCAGUAACAAAAAAAUGCAUUUAUUCAUGUUAUUUCUCUGCUAAAUCAUGCUAAAAAGCUUGAUUGUUAUCCAUGAAGAUCUUUAUUGGAGAUGCGUUUGAAGUCUUCUCAAGAGAAUUUUCCAAGAAUUAUCCAGAUGUCAUAUUAAAACUAUUCUAUGGUUAGCAAAAGUCAUAAAACAAAAGUUUGUCUCAAUGGCGUUAAAAAAUAGUAAUGCUGAUGAUACGAUCUACUUAGAAGAAAUUCUUAGUCGCAUAAUUCGAAUAUUUUAUGAAAACUAUGCAAUAGUUUCGAUUCAUUAUUGAAUUUUUCUAAUAGAGAUGGUGUAAGAUGCUGAUGUAGUUGAUUGGUAACUGCUACGCUAUCAAAUUUUCGGUGAAUACAAUUACUGGUGGUGCAAAUAAAAUGAUAUAACUUAUCGUUAUCGCAAAAACAUAGCGCUUCAAUUAACUUUUAAGAGUCGAUUCUUGUUCUUAGGUACAGCGGUAAAAUGCGCGACUGGUAUAUCGACUCGGAGUUAGUUUUGUUUAUCUAUACAAACAUGCCUUUGAACAACAGUAUUCAAAGUUUCUGUUAUUCGAAAUCAAUAAUUUAUCAAAUCGAGUUGCCAGUUUUAACAAAUUUUCAAGAUAUUUUGUUUUGACAUUUCGAGUUACUGAGGGGUAGUCAGAUUUGCGAGACAGUUUCAAUAGACGAGUGGCAGGUCGUGUCGUCGUUAUAACUUUACAUUAAUUUAGCUUCAAAAAUUCGCGUAAAAUUUGAAUAAAUACAGAGAAGUUACACAUGUUUUACAAUGCUAUUAUAAAGCUUAAAAGGACGAUUAUUAGACUCUUAUAGGAUUAUUAUUCUUAUAGUUAUUAUUAAAGUUUCGUGGCUCCAAAAUAUAGCAUUGCACACUUAAAUUUUUUAGCUGAGUUUCGGCAAAAAAAUGCCGAGAUUCGCACAGCCGAAUAAUCAGCAAUCAUCUCGGCAAAAAUAAAAUUACUGAGCGUCUCGGCACUCUCAAAUUUGACAAACGUCAAAUAUUGCCGAAAUCGUCAGCAUAAGAUUUACUGUUUGCUCAGUGAAACGUUAACUGAAUAUUCGGCAAUCCAAUAAAACGAAAAAAUGAAAAAAAAAUUACCGAAUCAUCAGUAAUUAAAAAUCUAGUCAAUUAAUUUUGUUUGUAAUUUCUCAACAUUAUAAACACGCCAUUCAGGAUCAAAAAUUCAUUUUAUUAACACUUAAAGGAGGCUUACAAAUUUGUUGCCAGUAGUGCUUAAAGCCUCUACCUGAAAACAUGUAGCAUAAAAAGCGGCGUUUCCGGAUGCGGCCACCUCGAGUCGAGCUGGAAAUAUGAAAGUAAAAAUAUAUAUUGAUAUUUGGCUUACAAAAAUGUUCAAUAUUCAAUUAUGCAUAUACGGUAUUGUUCAAAAAAUAAACUUACUUUGAUCUAUUAAAUUAUUCCAUGCAUUGGGUUAUUUUUUCGCAUAUCGCCCAAAGUUUUGUCUCGAGGACGCUUUGAGCCCCGUGUUGGGUGUUUUUCCCUUAUAAUCGCGAGUGCUCUGAUAAAUUCGCUUUUUAUAAAGCAAAUCAUGUCACUAUAUUUAUUCAAUAUUUUUACUUGCAAGUGGUUCCACGCUUCUUCGAAGAUUAUCCAUUUUUUCACUCGAAAAUUUCAUCAGAAAAUAAUCGCGCAAUGCGAAGCGAAAAUGUAACGCGGCAAUAAAUGACAGCUGUCGUGCUGAAUCUCGGCAACAGCUAGCGCAUAUUCCGAAACCUCGACAAACGUCUCUGCUGAUGUCGGCAUAUCUGUUGUUUACUGAUAAAUUCAGCAAGCAAUUAUGCCAAAUUUCGGCAAAGUCAAGCAUUUUACCGAAAUAUCAGUGAAUGCAUUUAACGAAGUUCAGAAACAUGCGUAUUGAUUACUGAGCAAUCAGCAAAUUUACGUGUUGCUGAUCAGUUCCGGCAUUUUAUUAUGCCGAGAUCAAGAAAUGGUUUUAAGUGUGUGGAUGUCGAUAUAUAGCGCGGUGAAACAUUGUUGUAAAAUAAUGUUCAGUUACGUUUUGAAUGCAAAUUUAAUGUACAUUGCUUUAAAGUGGGCAGGAUUAGUGUAAUUAUACAUUAACAAUGUAAAAAACAGUUGUAAAUGUGCAGUGAUAUAAUACAUAUGAUUACUUGGGAAGCGACAAUAAUCAUUUCUUAUGUCAUUUUUGCUUGAUAAAAUUGAAACUGACCCAGGAGAGUUAGGUUUGGCAUCAAGUGAAAACGACAUUACAGUCAGUGUAGUCACAAGCGCGUAGAUUUGAGUUCUUUCGAAUGAGCGUGUAUGCCCUGUUGGAAUGUUUGAUCGGAAUUUUACAACCGGGCAGUCGAAACGUCGAAACAAAAAAUGCUCAAACGUCUUGAUGACAGAAUCAUUUGAUGGCUGCUAUUGUCUUCUUUUCUCUAACGGUACUUUAUGAGAAAAAUAUCAUAAUAUUUUGCUGGUGUCCCCGUUCUACUAAUGGCAUUAGAUCCAUUAGAUCGAAUGUUGGUUGACUUACAAACAUAACUGCCAAAAGAGAUUUCUUUAUGCACAAGGAGACGAAAAUGAACGUCACAAAAGAGAGUGGAUGAAGACGACAGCCAAGAAACCAUCAGCUAGCAGUGGAAGUCGUAAAGAGCCAGUAGAAAAAGUAUAACCCUGAUCAAGAUUGGAAAUAUUUUUGUAUUUAGUCAUGAUAAUAGGAUCCGUUUUUGUGAUGUGAACGAAAAAAUCUUUUUCACGGUUCUCAGAAACCAUUGAUCAGUGAACGAAAAUACAGAGACAAUGCUCUGUGCUGGAAAAUCUGGAGCGAAAUCGUUUCGUUAAUUUUUUUUCUUCCGUCGCUGAAAAGUGAAAAGUUGCUGUCUGGUGAUUUUUUUUUGUGUGUUUCUGGUCUUGGGUGGAGGGGAGUUGCACUAGAAUCUUGUUUUAGUUUUUUUAUUAUUAUUUCGAGAGUGCAGUGUGAUCCGAUCCUUCCGGUGACCAGUUGGACGAUGUUCCAGAUCUUCAAGUGCCAUUGGAUGCACCACCAACCGAGUAAAUGUCCGCUGCUGCUGGGGAGUGUUAUGCUGCGACUUUCGCUAGCACUGGUGUUGGUUCAGUUCGGUAUGCUGGCGACGGCAGGAGGAAUCAACUCCGGGCUGGCCACCGGGAACCAAUCGUUCGGGGGGAAAUGUUCGGAGAUUCGGUGUAUGAACGGGGGCAGCUGCAAAAACGGAUCCUGCAUCUGUCCGGAUGGGUGGCAGGGUUCUGAGUGCCAGUUCUGCGGUGGCAAAGUUAGAUUGACUGAUCCAUCCGGAAGCAUCCACGACGGAUUGGGAAAUUACUCGAUCGGUGUCAAGUGUAGCUGGCUGAUCGAUGCCCGUGACCACAACAGCAUCGCGGAUAAAUUGUCACCGGUGGGUAGCGGAAAACCAUCGGUGAUCCGAUUGCAUCUGGAGGAAUUUGCAACCGAGUGCGGAUGGGACCAUCUGUACGUGUACGAUGGCGAUAGCGUUGAGUCACCGUUGCUGGCGGUUUUCAGUGGACUAAUGUAUCGGAAGAAUUUCAGUAUCCGAAAGGUGCCGGAGGUGUUCGCCCACAGCGGAUCGGCACUGUUGCAUUUCUUCAGUGACGAUGCGUACAAUAUGUCCGGGUUCAACAUCAGUUAUCAGGUGAACGCAUGCCCCACGGUGGAUACAAUGCUGAACUGUUCGGGUCACGGGGUGUGUAUUUACGGGGAGUGUAACUGCGAUGUGGGAUGGAGCGGACCGGCUUGUAGUGUUUCGCGUUGUCCAAACAAUUGCUCGUCGCAUUUGGGCAGAGGUGCUUGUAAUGUUAUUCAACAGCGGUGCAUCUGUGCCAAGGGGUACGAUGGAAACGAUUGUUCUCAGGUGAGAUCGUACGGUGUUUGGACGUCAAUCAAUUCGGAAGAUACGAUUGGAUUCGCACCACCAGGCAGUGCAUCGCACGGAGCAGCAGUAUUCAGGGAUACCUUCUACAUCAUUGCUGGGGAAAGUUACGGGAAAGCGAAGUCCCUCAUGUACAUGUACGAUUUUAAUGGUAAGGUUUGGGAAACGGCUCAUACGGACUCGAAGACAACACCGGACCUGCGGUACGGAGCUUCGACAGUAAUGUAUGGCGAUAAGAUUUUCCUGUACGGUGGAGUAGUCGAAGGCAAAGGUGUUUGCGGUGAGCUGUGGGCUUUUGACGUUAGUGCGAAAAUUUGGGAAAACAUCACGGUAAAGGCGGACCAGUGCAACAAAACGUACGCCAUGUGUGGACCUCUCAAGUCCGCCGGACAUACAGCGACGUUGAUAUCCAACUUCGAAGUAGGAAAGAAGGGACACUCCCAAAGAAUGGUUGUCAUUUUUGGUCAUUCUCCUCAGUUCGGUUAUCUGAAUACGGUGCAGGAGUACAACUUCGGUACUCGAGAGUGGAAAAUUGUGAAAACAAAAGGUUACCCAGUGAAAGGUGGCUACGGGCACUCUGCAGCGUAUGAUCCGCUUAAGGAGCGAAUUUAUGUUUACGGUGGAAUCGUUUCCGAAAGUGAUAGCACUCAAUUGUUAAGUAAUAAAUUGUACAGCUACGAACCCCAUAGUCGAGUCUGGACACUGGAAGCAGCAGCUCCGAGUGCGAGAUUUUUACACACUGCCACUUUCAUAAGUCCUGGUUUGAUGAUGGUCUUUGGAGGCAAUACCCACAACGACACUUCCCACAGUUUCGGUGCCAAGUGCUACAGCAAAGAUUUGAUGCUUUAUGACAUUCUGUGCGACUCGUGGCAUAUCCAGAGUAUGCCUCUAGAUCUGCGGGCAGAUUUGGCUCGUUUCGGACAUUCCGCUAUUCUGUUUGAAGAAUCCCUCUACAUCUACGGAGGAUUCGAUGGGCAGAUGAUUAACGAUAUGCUCAAAUACACACCGGGUAACUGUAGAGCAAUGAACCGAUCGGACCAGUGUUUGAAUACUCGCCCGGGGUACAAAUGCAUCUGGGAUAUUCAGAAGAGCAAAUGCGUUCCCAUUCUGGAUGUCGACAAGGGAGCGUUGUUUAGCAGGGAUCAAAUCAAUUACGAGUUCUGUCCACAGGAGAGUAGAUUGGUUAUGACACGGCAAGCCUUACAGGACUACGAACUGUGCAAUCAGUUGAACAGCUGCCAGAGCUGCGUGUCUACUUCUUAUGGGUGCAUGUUUUGCGGCAUGGGCAGUGGCAAAGGGAUUUGUGCGAAAGAAAAGUGUCCGGAUGUGUCGUACACCUUUAGGGCCGACUUUUAUCCGACACGUAAGCUGAAAGAUUGUCCGGAAAAUGACGAAAAAUUUUGCGAACAACUGCACGGAUGUCACGCUUGCUCGGCGUACAAGUUCUGCCAUUGGGAUUACGAACACAGCAAAUGCCAUUACGUGGGGAAUAAGACCGGUGGUAGUGAGAUUCUGAACGACGCGUUGCCAUGUCCACCGGCCUGCUCGGUGUUGACGACCUGUGGCAACUGCACCCAGGAGGAGUGCAUAUGGUGCCAGAACGAACAACGGUGUGUUGACAAAAAUGCUUACACGGCAAGCUUUCCCUACGGGCAGUGCCGCGAAUGGACAACUGGUUCUAACAAAUGCCGAGCUGCGAGUUCCGGCAAAAGUCAGUGCGGAUUCUAUGAGACCUGUGCCCAGUGUCGAGAUGAUCCCGCUUGCGGAUGGUGCGACGAUGGUUCACUGACCGGCUUGGGUCGGUGUCUUCCAGGGGGAGACAGUGGAGCACACGAAGAAAUGGAAUGUCCAGCGACCCGGUGGCAUUUCACUCAUUGUCCCAGUUGCCAGUGCAACGGUCACAGCACUUGUCCGGAUUCAAAGACAUGCAAACAGCCAUGUAAAGAUCCUAUGAUUGGACAGAAUUGUGAAAAAUGUAAACCCGGUUUCUGGGGCAACCCCGUGAAUGGGGGUACCUGUCAGAAGUGUGACUGCAAUGGACAAGCACAGUACUGCCACAGUGAAACGGGUAAAUGUUUCUGCAGUACCAAGGGACUCGCUGGGGAUCACUGUGAGAAAUGCGACGCUACCAAUCACUAUCACGGCGAUCCCAGUCGUGGUUCAUGCUACUACGAUCUCACCAUCGAUUACCAAUUCACGUUCAAUUUAUCGAAGAAAGAAGAUCGCCAUUUUACUCAAAUAAACUUCCGCAACUCUCCGAUCAAAUCGGAUAUUGAUGCUGAUUUCACCAUAACUUGCUCGGUAGCGUCGAAGAUGAACAUCACCAUUCGAACGGCGGGUGGUCCGGAAAAGCCUCUGUUUUCCGCUGUCAACUGUUCCACGUUUCGGUACCGGUUCUCGAAAGCCGAGCAUCAUUUUGGCAUCGAGGACAACGUCACGCUGACUACAUUCUAUGUGUACGUGUACGACUUCCAACCGCCCCUGUGGAUCCAGAUAGCGUUCUCGCAGUACCCGAAGCUAAAUCUACAGCAGUUCUUCAUAACAUUCUCAACAUGCUUCCUGCUCCUCCUACUGAUGGCGGCAAUCCUGUGGAAAAUUAAGCAACGGUACGACAUGUUCCGUCGACGGCAACGAUUGUUUGUCGAGAUGGAACAAAUGGCGUCGCGACCAUUUUCUCAGGUUCUGGUUGAGAUUGAAAGCAAAGAAUACAAUGAGCUAUCGCCGGCGGUAGAAAACAUCACCAGUGCUCCAAGAAAGCGGAAAAAGGAUUCUCCAAGCCCAAUAGCACUAGAACCUUGUGAGGGUAACAGAGCGGCGGUGCUCUCGCUUCUAGUCCGGCUACCGACAGGUGGCCUCCAACACGCUCCUCCAGGUCAAUCGGCAGGUCUUGCCAUAGCAAGUGCAUUAGUAACGUUAGGUAACCCGCGACGACCGUCGAUAGAACAUCCGAAGGAACCUAAGAGUAAACGUAAGCAAAGCCAACAUCCGGACAGUUGUAUAUAGAACCGGUAAGCAGGCCGAAUAUUAUACAAUACGGACAAACAAACAAAAAAUGAGCGGGACAGAAAUCGAGCAUCAGAAGCAAACAACUAUUAAUUAUGAAAUUACCUAAACAAAUCAACAUUGUGAACAACUAUGAUGAUCACUAAUUACGGUAAAGUAAUGGACGGGACAGAUGAAGAGGAAGCCAGACGUACAGAGACAGUAGAAUUUGUAAGUUUAAAAAUGGUGUUAUUGUGGAUAGUCUAACGUAUUUUAGGAAGCGCUAUCGAUCUCUACGAGAGAGGAAAAUCAAACUGUGCAGAAAAGAAAGUUUCAAGUAAUUUAAUUUUACCCACUAACUGUUUGUGAAUAGUAGGAUAUAAAAAGGGGAAAAGUUCAGAAAAAGCAAUUUUAUUGGCAGUCUUUUCUUUUUCGAGAGAAGACUGACAAAUUUAAUUGGGAAUGUCUUACGCAUUUUUUCCGUGUAGAAUUACAGUAAGUUCUCGAUUACAUGAAAUUUAAUCGACAGUCCCCGAUUAUUAUCUCUGACACUUAUCGUACUAUUGUUGCCUUCGUUUUGUUUCGGGAUUCUACAUCUCAAACGUAUUUCGGAUUUUUCGCGAGUAAGCAAACCAACGUUUAACUCUAUUCGAACCAAAUACCCUUUUGUGGCUUAUUUUGUAUCACUACUAAUAAUAUAAUUAAGUUUAGUUUUCUGUUCGACAUUUUACGUGUGUUCAAUCUACAAACCGAAAUAUAUAGAACUGAUGGUGAAACUUUUUUUCCUGCGUUUAUAUCACAAGCUAUAUAAAUUGUGCUUAGGUUUAACACUGCAUUUUCCUACCACGCGUAGUAGCGAAACUAAGGUUAGCCAUUUUGAUAAGCAGGUACAAAAUACUCAACGUUCCAUAAACCUAAAAAUUUAUUUCCGAACAUCAUAUCGAACUCUCCAACCAAGCAAGAAAAUUGCCCUUCCACGUACAGUUAUGUUUCGGAAGCUUUUAAAAAGUUACACCGACAACUUUUCAAUUCAAACUCAAAUCUUCAAAAUAAGGAAUGUCCAAGGCCAACCUUAUCUGUCAGCAGAAAGAGAAACAUCGUUCUUGCAAACGUGGUUUUAGAUUUAAUUGUGAUUAAUUAUUAACCGGACUAAGUUUCCGAUAGACGUCGACUACCGAAUAACAAAUGGUUUUAAGGAAAUAUAUCCAAGGUAUGCUGUUGCGCUCAACGACGAAGAAACGAGAUACGGUUGGCAAUGGAAUAGGAAAUUGAACUAAGGCAUCACAAUAUUAUUAUGAUUAUAGAUCUUUCAAUACAUUGAAAUAAACUUGAUCAGUGGUAAUGCAAUGAGAUAUACAUAGCUCGUAGGUAGCUCAUGAAUAAGAUAUGUCUGAAGUUAGGAUAAUGACGUUCAGACUCAUUUGUGGAUUCCGGGAAUCCGCAAAAGGUGUGUGAAUUUAGAUUGCAGGUAGAAUUUGUAAAAAAAAACAGGAAAAAAAACACACACACACAGUGAGAAUAAAGUAUUUUAUGGCAUUUGUUGCAAUAAUAAAAACUGACGAAAUCAGCAAA